CAGACACUGUGGAGAUCAUUCCUCCGCGGCACCUAGUGAAUGACAAUGCCAAAAAUCUCGAAAUCCGGGAGAAGUUUCUGCUGUCCAGCAUAAAGUGAUGGAGAAGCACCGAGCCGAGAAAGAGCUCGAGGAACAAGCCAGAAAAGAGGCCGAAGAGAAGAAGAGAAAGAAAGAGGAAGAGGCCAAAGCUCUAGAGCAAGUGUUCGAAGAAGAGAAAGAGAAGGAGGAAGUGGUGGAUCCAUUCAAAGACUUUCCAUUCCCGCCAUAUACUCCAGAGCAGGCAAUCGCGCUAUUGCAGUGUCUAGGCUAAUGAACGGGGGAGACAAGCACGAGAGCGUGUCAAUCAGAUGGCAAAAACACGCAUUGUGCAAGAAGAAGCUUUGAAGAAGCAACAAGCUGGACAUGAACCAUUGUCUUCGGAAGCUGCUGCCAUUAGAAUGCAAUCUGCUGCUCGAGGCUUUCUCUUUCGCUGCCGAGUCAAGCAUGAUGCAAACAAUGAGAUGUCAUUACUUAAUAUAAAUCCUUUUGCUCGCUCCGCUGCUCAAGACACGGCUUUUGGACGCCUCAGGGAGAUACAGCUCAAGAGACGAAGCAUCCAGCUUCUAAACUAUGACGAAUAUCUGGACGCAAUGAGGAUAGCGAAGGAGCAGCUCAUCGACCUCGAGGGCCAAGAGAUGAGGGAGAUCAUCCAAGAGAGCAUAAACAAGUGGCUGAACGACCACCGCGACCCGGAUACAGGCUUUUUCCCUCCGUUUCCAAAGGCAGGCGAUGGAGGCAGCAAGUAUAUUGUGCAGCCGCCACCCAAGCUCGGCUUCCAUGUCGAGGAGAAGAAAGGCAAGAAGGAGGAUAAGAAAGAAGGGAAGAAAAAGAAGGCCAAAGGUCCUCCAGUUCCUCCUCAUCCAAUUCUUCCAGAAGAAGAUCCGGAGAAGCCACCAUCCUGUCCGAAGUUUUUCCUUCGGCACGUCCGAGAGUGCCUGGAACUCUACACUCGCAACUGGCACGACAAAGAUAACUCUGCCGAUUUAACUCAAAAGCACGACAUGGAGAUGCUCAAGUCACACCUCCGGCCCAUGGUCUUUGAACAGAUUCGACUCGAAGUUGACGAAACUACGAGAGUAAUCUUAGACAAGGUCAAGCAAAAGAUAGUUGCGGAGCUCAAAGCUGCUCGAAAGAAGCAAAAAGGAGACGCAGCCAAGCCCGAGAAGAAAGAAGCCAAGAAGGACGACGCCGACGAGGCGGCGCCACCUCCAAAGAAUAAGCCAAAGAAACUCAAGGACACAUCGGCUCAAAGAACUAUCGAGUCUUUGUAUGCAGAGCUCGCCAAGGCCGGCAUCAUCCAAGCUUAUCCCAAGAGAGACUUCUCCGAGUUCGUGGCAACGGACAGCUUCUUUGGGACCAACUUCGAAAUGGAUCCCGUUGGAUUGGAUCCUUCCAUGUCUCAGGUGAAGAGGCUGGCUAUGGAGUACUGUGUCUUUCCUUUGGUCAGUGACUUCGUCCAUGAGCACGCACCCUUCAUCAAGUCAGUCCUUCUCUACGGUGGAAGCCUCAAUGGGAAGAAGCUCUUGGUCCAUGCAGCAUGUCGAACGGCGGGAGCUACGUACAUAAAUCUCUCGCCGGAAGUUACAGACGGACAGUAUCCAGGAAAACAAGCCACCAAAAUGCUGCAAAUGGCUUUCAAGAUUGCGAGAGUCAUGGCACCAUCCAUAGUUCACGUAGACGGGGUUGAAAAGCUUUUUGUCACAGACAAAAAAAAGCUCAAGACUUAUGGUUUGAAAGACAAGGCCAACCGAUACAAGAAGCCUCUGUUGAAGGAAGUCCAAGGCAUUAGGCCAGGCGAUCGUGUGAUGUUCGUAGGAACAUCUUCGAGUCCUCAGGACUCGCCAGGAAAGCCUCCGGCACUGGCCAACUUCUUCAACAAGCGGAUCUACGUUCCAUAUCCCGACCAUGGCUGCCGGUCAUCGCUUUGGCGAGCUCUGAUCGAGAGACACGGUGGUCGCGUCACGGACCGCUUCAACCUCUCCACCAUCUCUCACGUCUCCGAGGGCUACAGCUCGGGAAUGAUCGAGCAGUUUUGCAAGGCGGUCCUGACCGAGAAGCGCAAGCGCAAGGUGAGGAGCAAGCCUCUGGCGAUCGACGAGUUCACGACGCUCAUCUACGACACGAAACCCGUGGAUCCAGAGGUGCAUCAAGUGCUCAGGGAAUGGGCCAAGCCGAAAGCGGUGGAUCCAGCCGCUGCGCAAGAUCCCAAAGCAGCAAAAGGCGGCAAGAAGAAGUGAUCCAAGAGGUUCUUUGUUUCGUAUCUCUUUUUUUCUUCUCGAUUAGUUGCCAAACGAUGUUUAUUGCGAGAACUUAGCUCUCCAAGUUCUUGUGAGUUUCGCAAAGUUCUUUCCAAGGAUAGGAUUGUAAAGGCGAGGUUUUUGACCGGGCCAAAGUCAAAUCCUUCUGGACAAACGCGCUUGUGAGAGCGCUCCAUUUUUUUCUACGUCGCAAGAAAGACGAAGGCUUCCUUUCCAUAUAAAAAAGUAAGCCUGUUCCUCCAAA